AUGGGGGGCCAAAUGUCGGGCCAUGUUUUUUGCUUUGGAUGCUUUGAUGGGCUGCAGCGGAAGAAGUUGACCCAUCCAGGCUUCGAAAAACUGGAGCCCAGGGAGUCUUCCAGGGAGCCAAGAGAGGUGCGAAGACCCUCGAAACCCCACGUUCCGGUGGCACCAGCAGCAGAACCUCCACGCAGGCGUUGUUGGUGCUGCCGCCGGGCCAAACGUCCAUCGAAGUCCUCCUCCAUGGGCGCCUACAGCUGCGAGGAUGGCGUGGCGUGUCCCACCCUUGACGAGUUGGACGCCGCGCAGCGGGGCAUGCUGCAGGAGAUGCGGAGCAGAGUGCAGAAACUGCAGUGGCCCAAACGCCACGAUUUGUGGUUCAAGAGGUUUCUGGCCCACAAGAAGUGGAACCUGGAGAAAGCCAUGGCUGCCUAUGUUGACAUGGAGGAAUGGAGAAGGGAGGUUGGAGCUGAUCACAUUCUGCGAGAAUAUCCAGAUGGCAAGCUGAACUCCGUGCUUCCAGUGGACAUCACGGGAUUUUAUCCCUACAGUGUUGAUAAGACGGGCCGCUUGGUGAUCUGGAUGCGCACCGGCCACGUUCCGUGGUGGAGAUCUUUGUUCGAACGAACGGAUGAAGCUCUGCGUGCGCAGCUCUGGGCCGGCGAAUGGAUCUAUGCGCAACAAGCGCAGUUGGCCAAGCUGACAGGCAUAUGGCAUGAGCGCGCAGUGGUGUUGGUGGACCUGAGUGACUUGGAUUUCAACUACUUCCAGGGUUUAUCCAGCUGCAGUCGUGCGCGGCGCCGUGGGGCACAACAAACCACCGCGCAGUAUUAUCCUGGAGUGGUGGAUAAGGCCUACCUUUUGCACGCGCCGGGUUUUGCGAGUCGGGCUUGGAGUGUCUUGAAGUACUUCCUUUCGGAGAAAUUGAUGGACAAGGCCCAGAUGGUUUCCAGCGAGGCCGAAAUGCAGCAGAUGCUGGGCGAUCUCGGUGCAGCCAAUGUGCCCAGGAGCUUAGGGGGCACCAGCGAUGGACCCGACCUGCAGCUGCCUGUGGCGUUGAUGAUGCCACGGAAUGGCUGGGGUGAGAUGCUGGAAGCCUGGAAGCCCAGGGAGAUUUCGAUCCCAGCACGAAGCACACACCAUGAGAUUCUGGUAGCGCCAGGUGGUUCUGUCAGCUGGCAGUGGGCCUUGGUGGGGUCCUCGAUCACCUUUCAGGUACAGCGGCAGACUGGAACUGGAGCCACUGAAAGUGUGCUGCAGCCUACGGAGUGUCAUUUUCAUGACUUGGAAGAGCCCAUUUUUGGCCGGGCGAUGGCUCAAACACCCACGGAAUUUCAUUUCAGCUGGGACAACAGCGCCUCGCAUUGGUCCAAGAAGCUCCUGUUGCGUCUGGAGGUCUCUUCCUCAACCAUGGGAAACUCCCCCUGA